AUGAAAAUAAUAUUACUUUGUUGUAUUACUGUAGCGGCGCUGGCAUACGUCAGUUGUCGGGAGGUGCCCAAAGAAAAAAGAGAAGCUGAUUUAGCAGAAGCUGCGAGCGACCACGGCGGAAAAUGGGAUAAGGGAGGCGGUAAGGAACACCAUGAACAUCAUCAUCAUGACCACGGCGAAAAAGGACAUAAAGGUUAUAAGGGUCACCAUCACCAUGAGCAUGGCAAAAAGGGUCAUCAUCACCAUGAAGGGCACAAAGGGCAUCACGAUGAGCAUGGUGGUCAUAAGAAGCAUCACCAUCACGAUGAUGGUCAUCAUCACGAACAUCAUCAUGGCGAAAAGGGCCACAAAGGGCAUGGUCAUCACGAAGAGGGACAUUAUCAUAAAGGGCAUUCGACUAAAGGACACCACGGUGUGCAUAAACAUGACGAAUUUAAGAAAGAAAAGCACUUCCAUGACCAUCAUCAUGAUGGCGGCCAUCACGAACAUCACGGUGGACACCAUGAAGAACAUGGACACAAAAAGGGCGGUGAAUUCCAUAAGGGACAUAAACACGGAGGACACCAUCACCAUGAACACGGCAAAAAGGGUCACCACGAAAAAGGAGGACAUCAUCAUGACCAUAAAGAUCAUCAUGAUGAGGGUGGUCAUCAUGAGCAUCAUCAUCAUCAUCAUGAUCAUGGAAAGAAAGGUGGACACGAGGACCACAAGCAUUGGGGCUACAAGAAGGGGCACAAA